GUCGCGAGCCUGUCACACGCUUCCACAAUACUUGUCACUAAUAACGCGACGAGCUUUGCCAAAUUAACAUUGUUUGCACAUUGUUAUACGCCGUCCGUACUCGACACAAAUAACCUCCCGUUUACCGAAACAUCCGACAGCCCGUCAAUGUUCACUUGCGCUACAUAACGCCUUAUUACCUACUGAAGAUAUCAAAAAAUAUGCUAAACUAUAUUUACAUUUCAUUGAUUCUACGCAAACACAGAAGUAAUUGAUAAAAACGAUAAGUACAACGAACAACUACUCAUUACAAACGUAACACGAUCGGGAGACUACGUCAGUAACUGGAAUAGAUCUCAUAUUAACGUGAGCGUGAAAUUAAAGGAUAAACAAAUGAAGACUGAAGCGUGCGCCAUAAUAAUGAAACAACAGUCGGCAUCAGGAGGUGUCAAGCUGCAGACACGGGCGGCGUGACCCGGCGAAAGGGCCCGGUCGAGGCGCAUCGGCCGAACUGGGGCAUAUCGAUAAGUGUGCCCUAGUUACCCGGUUUUGUGAGGACGGCAAAGUCGUGGUGCAUUUUGGACGAGAGCGUCGCCGAUGAUGUCGGCCAAAUCGUACACAACGGGAAGCAUGCGUUCGUGCGCGGGCUCCGUCCGGCUGGGGACGGCUGCCGGCCACGAGGUGGUGCUGGACGCGCUCUACGACAGGAAGCGAGACAAGAAAAGUGUCCGCGUGCUCACCGUCAUCAUUUACGUGUUCUGCGUGUCGCUCGCCGCCAUCAUGCUGUCCCUCUACUACGUGUUCUUCUGGGAGCCCAAGGACGCGCAAUACGCGCAGCGCAAGGUGUCAAAUACAGUAACGCAGCCACCCAGCACCACACCAAUGCCCACAUGCUUUAUGACCCACACUGGACGAAGCAAUACCUCAGUGAACGAAUAUAUCGCUCAAUCAACAAUUGAAAACAUCACCAGUUUUAUGAAUACAAAUGAAUCGUUAUCAUCUACAGAAGAUUGGUUAUCCAAUGCUACCGCAACCUCGAUGCAAGACAAUUCAACAACGUAUGACGAUUCGGACUCCCUACACAUAAAUAACGUUACAUGACGUUGAUAUUAGGUACCAACUCAAAUUGAAAUACCGAAAGGUCUCCGAUGAAUUGAGAUGGCAGUUAGUUGAAUGCCUUCUCCGACCAUCCAGGUUUUUAAUUUCAAAGUUAGAUAUAUGUUUAAUGUUUACAGUUAUUAAUUGUAGAUAAGCCUACUUUAACAACAUUUUUAGGCAAUGAUAAUUAUUUUUUGUAACGUUUAUUUAUUGGAAGGUCUGCGCAUGCGGUUGUUGAAUUAAGUACGUGACAUAGUUUAUGUAAGUCUUGUGAACGAGUGAAUUAUGUAUAAAUGAUCUAAAUUUAAGCAUGUUGAUGAAUAUUGUUUAGAGAUAGCAAAAAUAUAUAGGUAUAUAGAUAUCUAGAAUUUGAUUCUAUGUUAAAAUUUUGUUAUUUAUACUGGAUAUUGUAAAAUUAGAUAGUUAUUUAUUAUAAAGUUGUCAAACAAUGAACACAUCCAUUCUAGCUAGGUAUUGCUUUAAUUUGUGAAAUUAAAAAGAAAUAUGUUAAAAACUUUAAGCUUUCGUUCGUGAAAGUACUUUUGAAGUUUAAAAAUAUAUAGAUCUAUAUUAGAGGAACACAAUAAUUAUAUUUAUAAAAAAAUACUUUAAUUUAUAUACACACCUACGCAACUGCCAUAUAUGUUAUUCAUUUUUUUUUUGCUGUAUGUUAAUAAGAAUUCAGUCUCAGCCAUUUCAAGUCGUCUUUAUUGUAAGUCAUUUUCUUUCUUCACUAUACCAAAGAUAACAUUUAAAAGACCAGUAAUAUCUCUUUAACAAUUUAAAUCCAAACAGAAGUACAACCCUACAUAAGUCUCAUGAAGUCACAAGGGGUAAAUGGAUUAAAUAUUACAUCAAAUGGUUACAUAAAUUCUCGGUAAAGGAUAAAGUUCUUAUCGCUGCCUACUCUCUUAUUACCUAGUCAGAAGACAAUCUCAUUACGUGUGUAUGUAAUAGCGAAAUAAAGGUUCCCAUUUCGACUCCAGCCAAGAGUUUAUCAUCCCUCCAUAUUAUGUAACCAAUACAUGCCAGCCUUUAUAUUAUGUAGGAUGGGAAUCUUUUGCAUUGAAAGCGUCGUCUACUUUAAGUGUUGUCACUCGCAUAUUUUGUAAUACCAACAUUCAGGCAUUUGAUAUUUUUCAUAAAUAACGGUGCUAUAUUCACUUGUACGUAACUCAUUUAAGCAUCGUGUGAAAAUUAUAAUUUGCCAAAACUGUGUAAUAAACAUUUUAUGUUA